AUGGCACUACGAGAAGAGCCUAAGGUUAUUCGACCAAUGAGCAACUUAGAGUUGUACCACUCGGCAUUACACACUUUGCGUCAUAGCUGUGGUACUGCAGUAGUCUGCCGUUAUGGCCUCCCCAGUCAUCUCAUUGGCGGCUCAUUUGAGACUAUCCAAAAUGCCUUCCAUCGGGCUAUGGCACUUACAGUGGCUGAACAUCCCAUGCUGCAAGUGGGUAUCUUAAACGAGAACUCAGCUGUGCCUUCAUGGGUUGAGCUGGAAACUGUCGACCUUGGUCUGCAUAUCAGCUGGCAAGAGAUCAAAGCCUCUGAUGAUUAUGAUAGUUCCUUGAAGCAUGAGAUUCGGAACCAACUCGAUACUUGGUUUACAGAUGUCGAAACGAAGCCAGGGUGGAGAGCCUCAAUCCUAUGGUCAGAAGGUAGUAUCCAGUCAUUGGAUGUUAUUUUCUGCUGGAACCAUACCAACUUCGAUGGUGUAGGAGGCAAGAUCCUACACCAGACCUUGUUACGCAAUCUCAAUGAUUCGAAGACUGACCACGAAGUCAAUUUGGAAGGAAACGUUCUUCAUCUUCGCAGUACUGCAGAAAGGUUCCCCCCUCCUCCAGAAGAGCUCAUCAAGAUUCCAAUCUCGUGGGGGUUCGCUUUGGCGACAAUCUGGAAAGAACUGAGGCCUCCAUUCCUUGUGUCAAACGACCCAACCCAGGCCAACUGGGCCCCUAUUCGCCAGGAACCUUACCAAACUGAGUUCAGAACGUUCUCGAUUGAAGAUGCAACGCUGAAGAAGGUACUGAGCAAAUGCCGAGCACAUCGUACCACCAUUACAGGCCUUUUGCAUGCCCUUCCGCUGGUAUCGCUUGCCCUGCAAUUAGAUGAGGGCAGGAAGCAUCACAAACAAGAGGCAAAGUCGAUGUUUGCUAUCAGUGCAUUGGAUACCCGUCGCUUCAUCCCCGCCAAUUCUGAGGCAUACCCUUGGCAUGUUCCUAGUACGACCAUGGAUAACCAGAUGACACUUGUUAACCACAUGUUUGGUGAGGAUCUAGUCACAGAAAUCCGCUCCAAAGCCAAAGGAAUACCAUCACAAUCACAUACCAUGACUCAACUCGAGAACUUUGUCUGGGCAGCUGCUGUGCAAGCUAGAGAGGAUAUCCAAAACAAACUCGACAAGGGCAUGGAAAAUGACCCUUCAGGCUUGAUGAACUUGGUCAAAGACUGGCGAGUUCAAAAGAAGCAGCAGCUCAAGAAGCCCCGAGUAGGUGCCUGGGGUGUAUCCAAUUUAGGGACACUGGAUGGGGCCAUUGAAGGCUCAGGCUGGAGGAUCGAGAGAGCUGUGUUUCAGCUGAGCUGUGAACUCACUUCGCCUGUGUUCCAUAUCAGCUCGAUUAGCGUAAAGGGCAAAGAGAUGUGCGUUGAUGUCAGUUGGCAACAGGGUAUCAUCGAUGCUGAGAUUGGAGACACACUCGCGUCUGAUAUGGAGGCCUGGAUAAGGUUCCUUGGCGCCGGGGGAGAGGAAUGA